GAGAUGUUUAUAUACUCGGUUUUCAGGCCAUGUAAACAUAAAUGAAGUCCUACUUCCAACAAUACGGAUGUAAACAAAGUUGUACGAGUGAAACAAAAAGACGGUUAUAAUUUCUAACUUAGAACAAAUCGGAUUUUCUUGUUCUGUGACAGAAAAUUGGCGCAAGAAGGAUACUUACGUUCAAAAUCUUUAGGUGACUUGAAAAUACAUAGUGUAUUAAACUAUUAAAACGCACCAUAGCUUGCAGCUAGGUCGACUUGCGAAUAUUGAUUUUUAAAUUGCAGAAGGUUGAACAAUGAAGGAACAGUGUGAGCAGCGGUUAAAGAAUGCCGACAGUAAAUGCCCGCCACAGAAAUGUGUGGACGGGGACAAUAACACGGUCGAGAAGAAACCUGAGGUUCGUCAACAGAAGGCGAACACGAAUCUCUCAGCACAGUGCGUGGUGCACGGAAACGCCCUGCUGUACUGCAAAGAUUGCCUUGAUAUUAUCUGUGGACAGUGCGAGAAAAUCCAUGUCUCGCAUCAGAAGAUGAAAUUGGUGGACUCGAGCAAAGUUGCGAAGGCAAAGAUGGCAAAGGAGACUAAACAUUUGAAAACUUUGAUACGGUACGCAAAUGUCGUUAUUAAAGACUUGAACUGCUAUCUUGAGAAGCAGAAAUUGCAUUUUUUAGAUAUCAGCAAUGAGAUUAUGGAGCGCGCUAACCGUUUGCCGGAGGGAACCGAACAUUUAAGCCAUAGUUUGUUGGACGAUAUUCAGGCGGAGCACGACUCAGAAACAAAUCGGAUUAAGAACAAGAUUGCGGAGUUCAAUAACUUUAUCGCUGAAGCGAAAUUGUUGGUUACAAAUGGCGAAAACAUCGGUAAUUCCGUUGAUGAAGCUUUCCUCACAGUUCAAAGCGGCGCGUUCCUUAAAAAUGCGGCAAGUUUGACACUACCGGCACCGCCAAAAGAAUGCAAUCUGUAUGUAUUAACACCUAUAAUUACCCCCUCAGACGGAAGUGCCUUGUCACCCGAGCAGAUGAUUGGGGAGUUUUCGAAGAUCCACGUGCCCUGGAGAAUAGAGGUACAGCGAACAGCCUCUAUUCGACCGGAAACUAUAAGCGCAAGAUUCGUUACGACAAUGUGCCCGGCUAAUGACGGCAUGGUGUGGGUAGUGUGGCAGUGGGGACCGGAAAUACACCUCGUCGAUAAGAACGGAGACGUUAAAAAGACAAUCAAUGCCAACUGCAAAGUGGACGAUAUCUGCACAUAUAAAGACACUCUUGUCAUUUCCAGUCACGAGUCAAAAAGCAUAAAGUUUCUCAAUGAAAACCACGAGGUUGUGAAAACAAUCGAAAUGGACAGGGUACCACGUGGUACGACCUUCACCUCUCCGAACGAGGUAGUCACCUGCUGUGUUCAAAAUUUGCACCACAAAAACGGGGACAAGAGUUCGAUGGUUUGCACAAACAUCGACACCGGCGCUCAGCACGAGUUACCGUGCUCAGAGCAUCUCCUUCAACCUUGGCGGCUCGGUGUUAACGUAAACGGCGACAUCUGUGUCUCCGAUCGCAACAAGGGCAGCAUCAUGAUAUUUGACCACGAGGGAAAUCUGAAAUCAAGCUACAGCGGGCCGGAUACGACGACGCGACACCCCCUGGCGCCACACGCCGUAGUUUGCGACAGGUACGGUCAGAUACUCGUGGUGGACUAUACAAACCACACCGUGCACGUGCUUGACCCGAUCGGGCGUUUCCGAGGGUUCCUGAUAAUGGAUACAGAACUGGAAAAACGGGCCGUGUUUAUGGGGACGAGCUCCCCAUUUUCAAUCACGAUUGACAGCGAAGGCGACGUGUGGGUGGGUAAUAAAUUCGGCUUUCUGACGGUUCUCAAGUUCAGAGUUUAACUCUUGGUGGCGCUUUUGUAUCAGACAGUAUUGUGAUUCGAAUGUUUUGUAUUAGUUGUAUAAAUUACUAUUUUUUUCAUAAGGAUAUUCUGUGAUAUAAUAGUGUAUAUUAAAUAAUAAUGUUUGAAGGCUGUUAAAUUUUAUUGUUGAUACUAUACAUGUAUUGAUAGCUUAAUUGGUCCAAUUGUAUGUUUUUUCUUCAUGUUUUCUUAAACAACAUGUUUAAAUUCUAGGUCCUCCACAGUUCUUAAUUUCUUUUUGUUAUGUAUUUAAAAAAAACAACCGUAUUUUAUCGUCUCCUGUUUCUAGCAUUUUAAAGUCUCUAUGCCAUUAGUACCUGUUCGGCGGUCAUGUUUUGCUUGAAUAAUACUCAUGUAUAACCAAGUACGUCUUAAGAGCAUACGCAUAAUUACUGGACCGGUGAAUUAACAUGUAUUUUACAGUAGUUUUGUCAAAGUGACAAAACAUUAUUACCUCCAUUCUGAAUCUUAAUUAAAUACUCCAUUAUUGUGCUGAUGAGACAUUGUUCGUCUAUGAUAUCGGAAAGUAGGGCAUUCAUUGAUUAUUGGAAUAUUAUGACAUGUAUAUACCAAGUACAUGACAGGUCGUCCAGACAGCAUAGGGCGAUAUGUUAUUCAGAUAAGAGCACGGCUCUGACGUCAAUGUGGGUUUGUUUAAUUAAUUGUAAAUAAUUUAUUAUGUCUACUGUAUGAUUUUGUUGAUAUUAUGUUGUUGUUGUUUAAGUGCCUCAGAGCAGUACAAUCAAAUUGAUAUUAACCCAUUUAUGCCUAGUGGACUCUCCCAUCCUUCAAAAUUGGAUCAAUUUAUUUCCAAAAUUAGGGAUGUUUAGUAUACUUAUUUCUAUAUUUAGAAUAUUUCUUACAGAUAUUCCUUUAAGCAAACAGCGCAGACCAAGAUGAGACGCCGCAUCAUGCGGCGUCUCAUCUGGGCCUACGCUGUUUGCAAUGUGAUUUUUUUCAGGACGCUAGGCAUAAAUGGGUUAAUUUAAGAAGCAAAUAAUAUGCUGUGUAUCAUGUGUUGUCACAAAAAUCCAUAUUUUCUUUACUUGGAAAAUGUUCAUUGAAUUAAAUGUUAAAAUAUA